GCUGAACUGGGGACGUGCAAGGCGAGUUUACAAGGUUCACACAGGACGAUCGCUGCCGCAUUCAGGAGGAACUAGGAAGUCAAAAUCACAUUAAUAACAUAACCGACCUAAGUAUUUGCCACUACCAAUUGCCACAGGCAAUAAUUCGAUAAAGCGAGCUUUUUUCAACGGUCGAUCGUUGACACUACCGACUCAUAGGGAGAAUUGGAUAAAAGGGAGUAAUCUAAAAGUCAAUAUCCGUUACAAUCACACAGUCGACCUAGUUUUAACACUGUAGAGCAGGCUACAGAUCCGGAAUUCUAUAAAAGUGAGCUAUCUCACAGUCGAUCUAGGUGCAACGAUCAAGAGCAGGCAGCCAGAUUGCCAUUUCGUUCAAAGUGAGUUAACAUCCGACUGAGUUCGGCGCGUUGGUCGUUGGUUGUUGAACAGUACAGCGCAGACAGAAAGCGUAGCAACAUCAUCACCACCAGUGGUUGCGCGCAAGUGAUAUACAGAAGAGGAAUUCAUUGGCUUCUCGCUGCGCGAGUUGGAGUGCGAUUUCGAUUGAACUUUACUAGGACCUGAACUGUCUUCCAAUUGAAAACAAUGGAUUUAUGCAUCCCGUGCCAAGCCAGGGUCAUGGCUAACACACUAUUUAGGAAUAAUUUAGGUGCUUGUUACGUAUUUUGUACACUUGUCUUAUUUUUCACAUUCGAUUUUGGGAAGUUUGUGGAGGCAAAACCAGCCAUAGUUAGCACAGAUUCGGAUGGCACGGAAUAUCUAAUGAAGUUCGGUUGGCUCUCACCACAAGACCCCAAAACUGGUGCUUUACGGUCAAGAGAGCAGUUUACAAAAGCCAUCAAAACAUUCCAGAGAUUUGCAAGUCUCAAUGUAACAGGGAAGCUUGACAAAGAAACCGUGAUGUUAAUGAACACUCCUCGUUGCGGUGUGAUGGACAAUGACAACGCUGAAGAGGGAGAGAAAAGAAGGGUUAAACGAUAUGCAUUACAAGGUAGUCGUUGGGGCAAAACUGAUCUCUCCUACAAAGUUAUACGCUACACGAGAGAUGUACCAAGAGAGGAUGUAGAUGCCGAUAUCAGGGCAGCUUUUCAGAUAUGGGCUAACGUCACGCCGCUCCGCUUCACCCAGCUCUACUACGGCAAGGCCGAUAUAGAGAUCGCCUUCCUGGACAUGGACCACGGGGACGGAAUACCAUUCGACGGGCCGGAGGGGACGCUUGCGCAUGCCUACUUCCCCGUCUACGGUGGAGAUGCUCAUUUCGAUGACGGGGAAAUUUGGAGUGUUAAUAGCGGUACCGGUACUAACCUUUUCCAAGUAGCCGCUCAUGAGUUUGGCCACUCUCUAGGGGUGUCGCACUCUGAUAUAAGGCAGUCCCUGAUGGCCCCUUUCUACCGAGGUUACGCGCCUGAUUUCGUCCUACAUCGUGAUGACAUUAUGGCCAUUCAGGAGCUUUAUGGGCCUAACCCCGAUGCACCGACCGUAUCCACGACCACCGCCAUUCAAAGACCAACAUCAGCCCCACGGGCUCCGCCACAUGACCUACCCGAUGCCUGCAGAGAUCCUCAUCUUGACGCCAUUACCCAGACAAAGUCGGGUAUAACAUAUGCCUUCAAAGGAAAGUAUUACUGGCGUUUGAACCGCCGCGGAUACGACAAGGGCUACCCUCGUCUGAUUAAGUGGGACUGGCCAGGGUUACCUGAAGACAUUGACACAGCACUUCACAUGAGGCACAGUGGCUACACAUUCUUUUUCAAGGGAGACCAGUACUGGAAAUUCCGCGACCAGGUCCCACAGAGUGGUUACCCACGAAAGAUCAGCUGGGGGUUCCCCGGGAUCCCAAACAACCUUGAUGCAGCGUUUGUCUGGACAGGGAACGGGAAGGUUUACUUCGUAAAGGACGACAAAUACUGGCGAUACAGCCAGCUGAAGGCAGAUUACGGGUACCCUCGGCCAAUGUCGGUCUGGCGAGGUAUACCAAAGGGAGUGACGGGCGCUUUCCAGUACCGCACAAGCCAGGGCUACAGGACGUAUUUCUUCAAUGGUUAUGAGUAUUACAGAUUCAAUGAUAGGACGUUCUCGGUUGACCCCUUCUAUCCGCGCCUUGUCGCCGAGUGGUGGUUCGGAUGCGAGACAGAAACGGAGAGACUUGUACACAUAAAUGGCGUCCGUAACCAGGGCAACGGGAACAACAUCAAUAGAGGGCGUGACGAGGAUGACGAAGCAAGCCAGUGGGUGGUCGCAGGAGGCAAGACCGCGGGGGCUGCUAAUUCAUACAACAGUGGUGCUAAUUCUUCACAAUCUCCAGGCUUGCCUGGCGCCAUAUCAUUGUUUGUGCUAAUUGCAUUCUGUUCACUUUUGUAUUUGUAAGUUUCAAGAUCUCAAUUAAAAUGAAUCGCCAAAUGACAAUGGGUCCGGUGACCCAUCCAAAAGGGUAAUGAAUUUUAGGUAGUAGUGCCAUCUAGGUUCCUUCAUUGUAGCUAUUUCUCUGGCUGCAGUGUACUUCACCACUCUCUCAAAUUUAUCAGGGAAAAAAUCACUGUGGACAAGCGCAUCGCAAGCGUACAUUGCUUUACACAGGAAGAAUAGUCAAAAAGCGUCAAGUGCACAUUGUGAUGCCGCUGGUGUAUAGCUACUAAAACGUGCCCGAGUGUUUCUAACAUACUCUCGAUAACAGGAAGGAAAAUACGAUAUGUAGACUUUUCUCCCUGCAUGUAUAGCAGUGUACGCCUGUUUAUUGCGCGGGUUCGAGAGAAUAUAGCCGAGAGCUUCCAAUGUGAAUAAACAGUUUGGCCCGCCAUGGCCGUGUUGUACAUAGCUGUAAAUACUAAAUAUAUCUCAAGAAAGAAACUUAGAAUGAUUCGUACCUGUAGGCAAAUAUAUACGUUUUAUUACAUGUUUUUGUGUAGUCUGUUUGAAUUGAAUUUGUUUUCUUUUCAUGUGAUAUGAGAUAUAGUCAAAUUGCCGUGUAGUUACCAAGUUAGAGUCAACUUGACCCAUUUUCCGUAUUCCGUUGUCCUAUGAUAUACGAUCGCCUGAAAUAAAAAGAACUAAUUUUAGACACUGUCUUGGGAAGAGCCUGAUUAUUUGACAUCUGAAAUUUAUCGUACUACCUUAUUACUACUGCUUAAAUAUUACCGUACACCUCUGGAAGUGUAAGAAAAAUAUCGCACACGUAGCUCUAUCCUUAAACUGUAGAGGCCAGGUUCUAUUCAUGAAUACCUUUUUUUCCACCAUGUGGAGGUCAGAAUUACAAUUCACUGCCAACAGAAAGCUUAUCUGCCAUAAUUUUUGGUACGAUGUAGAUGGAAGUUUACCCAUGAACUCAUGCUUGUCAGUUUGUAAAUUAAGGGCCGAACUUGCGCGUACCACCAACGAUUGUGAUGAAUGUCCACGCUCAUGAAAAUCUCAUUGUAAGAUCUGUAUUUCACUGCAGGAUAUGGUAAUGUUAAGUUAACAGUUUCGCUUCUACACGAGUCCUUAAUAGGGAGUUUUCGCAAAUCCCCCGAAACGCCACCACGAACGCAUGUCCCCAUUGCUCGACAUCAUGAUCAGGAGCUCGAACAAUGUCACAGGCGUUCGCGUUGGCGUUUCGGGGAUUUGCGGAAAUUCCCUAUUGUACUUGGGAUCUUCAAAUAGCUGUGACGUCCUAGCUAAUUCUAAUAAUGCUCCUUCAACGAAUGACACUGAUGAGUUUUCCCAAUUUUAGAUUAUUUCACUUGUCUACAGGUUUUGACGAAAUAAUUUUCUCGAACUACCGGCGAUAGAGUCAGUGACAAAACGUACAAGUGAAGCUGGUCUUUACUUGUACGUGGCGUAAGAUUUCGCCGUACGCCUGGUUUUAACUGAUGUGAUAAGGUACGGACAGAAAUGUAACCAAAAUACGGAAAUAUUGGGCAAAUUUGCCCCCCCCCCCCCCAUUUGCAGUAUUUGUCAUCAAGACUUUCCGGAUGGGAAGUUGGGCCUUUCAUGAGGAUGAUUUGGUCAAAAUACAGACUGACUGACCUAAAAAAAGACUUGCGUUGAGUAAUGAAAACGAAACCACGGUAUAACCAAACAACAAAAAGUCGCCAUUAUUCUGAGGAUGCGUUAGAUCUUUACGAGCAAGAACAAAAGAGUGCGCUGGCGUACUCACUUCUUGUAACACUAUUUAUUCCAACUAUGCAUGUAAUCUUACCCUCGAAAUUAGUUUCAGGUCUUGUCUUUAUAUCCGAGAAAUGGAAAGUUUCAUGAUGUGAAGUUGUCUGUUACCCUGAUGUACUGAAUAGAAGCUGUGAAAUUUGGUCAAAAAAAGAUAUCAAGCAGCCACUGGAUAUUUUCGAGCAAUACAUUUUUCCCUGUACAGAAGUGUUUGUGGAUAUGUAACACGAUUAAAAGUAUCGUCAUAAUAAAUCAUAACUUUAGAAAUGA